AUGUAUCACUGCAUGAUCCGUUCAGAUGAGGAGACCAGGACAAGUAUACAGUAUUCACUGACUGGAUCAGGUGCUGAUCAGCCACCUGUCAACUUGUUCACUGUUGAUAGAGAGACCGGCUUGGUCAAGAUCCACGGAGUGUUAGACAGAGAGAAAACUCCUGUUUAUUAUCUUCAAGGGGUGGCCAGGUUUCUGAAUGGCAGUCAUGCUGAGAAAGAUAUUGAUUUGAGAAUCGUGGUGGAGGAUGAGAACGAUAAUGCUCCUGUGUUUAACCUGACAACCGGAGCUGUUUAUGAGCGAAGCGCAAGAGACACGUUUGCAAAGACCAUCACAGCAACAGAUGCAGAUCAGCAAGGAACUCUGCAUACAAAAAUCGCCUACAGCAUUGCUGAACAGCAUCCUGAUAACAUGUUCUACAUUAAUCGAGAGACCGGUGGGAUACACGUCAUGCACAACAAGCUCGACAGAGAGAAACAAGACACAUACACGUUGAUUAUUAAAGGGACUGAUAUGAACGGAGCUGCGAAUGGAAAUACAGGAACAGGGACAGCUGUCAUAAAGAUUCUUGAUGUCAAUGACAACAUCCCUACUUUGGAGAAAAACUUUUACGAGUGCAGUGUGGAGGAAAACACUCGAAACGUGCAAGUGGUGAGAAUUGAAGUGACGGACGAGGAUCUGAUCUAUACUGAAAACUGGCUGGCUGUCUUUACAAUCGUGUCAGGAAACGAAGCCGGUUAUUUCUCCAUAAUCACAGACGACAAGACCAACGAAGGCAUCCUGAUUCUCAAUAAGGAGCUGGACUAUGAAGAGCUGAAGGAAAUCAGCAUGCAGGUGUCUGUCGCUAACAAGGCAGAGUAUCACCCUUCAGUAGUUGUAACAGAGAGCAAGACGUACACCGUCCACGUCAGUGUGAUCAACCAGCCUGAGGGCCCUCGCUUCAAACCCGCCGUCAAAGUCAUCACCAUCUCUGAAGAAAGCUCCAGCACUACUUUAAAUAAAGUUAUAACAAAUUACGCAGCAAUAGACAGCGACACGCUAUUAACUGCUCAUGACGUCAGGUGA